UUAUUUCACAUACAGGAAAAUUACAAGAUCUGUGCUGAUUUUUAUUGAAGAUUUCUUUGAGGCGCAUGACCCGUGUGGGGAUAUGUCAAUGGCUGCUGCAGCUUGUUUGUGCACGUGAUAAGGAUGAUGAUGAUGAUGAUGAUAGUAAUAGUGGAUUAGCAAUGGAUCAUUUCUGCCUUUAGCUAUAUAUCACAUUCACUUAAUGGUUCAAAGGGCCUGAGUAAUUUGUUAUUUUCUGUUGAGGAAAAAUCUUUUAGAAUGAAAUAAUUUUUGGGAGUCUCACUUUUCACGUCAUCAGCAGUUGACUAGAGGCAUAUAAUUGCUAAAGCGUUAGAGUCAUCUUGUUGGCCUAAGAAAAUAUUGUGAAAGAUACAACAUAUUGGGGCGCACAUUCCAUAAAGAUGGAAGUAAUUGUUUCAUCACUAGUACAAAAGCAGAACUUGCAGACACCUGGACGCAAAACUUUAUUUGCCGGGUCCCAAAAGGAUCUGUGGCUUAUUGUGCGAGAAGGAUCCCUAAAUGAUUUAGAGUCAUCUUUGGCCUUACUGAAGAAGAGUGGGGGUAAUAUCAAUUCAAGGAACACCUAUGGGUUGACCCCUCUUCAUAUUGCAACUUGGAGAAAUCACAUCCCCAUUGUCAGGAGGCUUCUUGCUGCUGGGGCCGAUCCUGAUGCCCGUGAUGGGGAAUCAGGAUGGAGUUGUCUUCACAGGGCCUUGCAUUUUGGUCAUCUUGCUGUGGCAAGCAUCCUUCUUCAGCAUGGUGCCUCUAUUAUGUUGGAGGACUCUAAAUCUCGAAUACCAGUGGAUCUCUUAUCAGGCCCUGUCUUGCAGGUUAUUGGAGAUGGAAGCAAUUCAGUUGCUACCGAGGUUUUUAGCUGGGGAAGUGGCACAAACUAUCAGCUGGGAACCGGAAAUGCACAUAAAAAGUUACCAUGCAAAGUUGAUUCACUUAAUGGUUCUUUCAUAAAGUUGAUUUCUGCUGCGAAGUUCCAUAGUGUUGCUGUCACUGCUCGUGGAGAAGUGUAUACCUGGGGAUUUGGCAGAGGGGGCCGUCUAGGACACCCUGAUUUUGACAUACAUAGUGGUCAAGCUGCUGUCAUCACUCCUCGACAGGUGACUUCUGGUCUGGGUUCUCGCCGUGUGAAGGCUAUUGCUGCAGCUAAGCAUCAUACUGUUAUUGCUGCUGAAGGUGGGGAAGUGUUCACCUGGGGAUCCAAUAGAGAGGGACAGCUUGGAUACACUUCUGUAGAUAGCCAACCAACACCUCGGAGAGUGACUUCUCUGAGGUCAAAAAUCGUUGCUGUUGCUGCGGCGAACAAGCACACAGCUGUAGUUUCUGAUUUAGGUGAAGUUUUUACCUGGGGUUGCAACAGAGAGGGUCAGCUUGGUUAUGGUACCUCAAACUCAGCAUCUAAUUACACCCCACGUGUGGUUGAAUACUUGAAGGGAAAGAAAUUAAUCGGUCUUUCUGCUGCUAAAUAUCAUACAAUCGUAUUAGGAUCUGAUGGAGAGGUAUACACUUGGGGUCAACGGCUUGUCACUCCAAGACGUGUAGUAAUUUCUAGGAAUUUAAAGAAAAGUGGAAGCACUCCUUUGAAGUUUCAUCGCAUGGAACGACUUCAUGUGAUUUCUAUAGCUGCGGGAAUGGUACAUAGUAUGGCUCUGACAGAUGAUGGUGCAUUGUUUUAUUGGGUCUCCUCAGAUCCUGAUCUUAGAUGUCAACAGAUAUAUGCCAUGUGUGAUAAAAAUAUAGUGAGCCUAUCUGCUGGAAAGUACUGGACGGCAGCAGUUACUGCUACAGGUGAUGUUUAUAUGUGGGAUGGAAAGAAAGGUAAGGAUAGGCCACCAGUUGCAUCUCGGUUGCAUGGUGUGAAGAGGGCUACAUCAGUUUCAGUUGGUGAAACACAUUUGCUCUUUGUGGCUUCCCUCUACCAUCCUAGCUAUCCUCCCAGCACAAUUGAAAAUUCUCAUAAGCUGAAGGUUGAUAACAGGGAUGAGGUGGGAGAGUUAAGUGAAGAGAUUUUAUUUGAGGAUAUGGAAACCAAUAAUGUGAUAUCCAGUGCACAAACUGAUAAUUCUGGGCGACAGCGUGUGCCCAGCUUGAAAAGCCUUUGUGAAAAGGUAGCAGCAGAGUAUCUUGUGGAGCCACGAAAUGCCAUACAGCUACUUGAGAUUUCCGAUUCUCUUGAAGCAGAUGAUUUGAAGAAGCAUUGUGAGGAGAUUGUCAUUCGCAACCUUGAUUAUAUUUUUACAGUUUCACCACAUGCAAUUGCAAGUACUUCAGCAGAUAUCCUGGCUAAUCUUGAGAGAUUGUUAGAUCAGAGAUCGUCUGAACCAUGGAAUCACCGUCAUCUCCCCACUCCAACUGCUACUUUCCCUGUCAUCAUUAACAGUGAGGAGGAUGACAGUGAGAUUGAAUCUCAAAGAAUUCGUGAUGAACCCAAGAAACUGUGUUCAUUGACAUUGGAGAAAGAUCAGAACUCUUUUCUUAAAGAUGCCAAUCAAGGAAUCUCCAAAGCAGUUCGAGCUCUAAGGAAGAAGUUGCAGCAGAUUGAGAUGCUUGAAGCUAAGCAGUCCAAUGGACGUUUUCUUGAUGACCAGCAGAUAGCAAAGCUUCAAUCUAAGCCAACUCUUCUUAGCUCACUUAUGAAGCUAGGUGUUCCUGUUGAGACUUUGCAUAAAGAAUCCUCUUCUGUACUGUCAGAAGGGAAAGGUACUAAAAAGAGCAAAGUAUCAAAAAAACAGAGGAGGAAGAGCAGCAAAUCGAGUGUGCUGCAAACAGAAGCUGAAUCUGUUUGUUCUGGGACUGGAGUAAUUCCAGAAGCCGUGAAGGACUUGUUGGGCAUUGAUAUCUUAGAGGUUCCUACUACAAAGGUGGAAGCUGACAUUUGUGAACAAACUAUGGCCGCCCAAGUUGUAAAGGAGUCAGCUUUUGAUCUUCAGAAGAAUGAUUCUUUAGAAAUGCCAAACAACAAGGGACAAUCACCGAAGGUUUCUAAGAAGAAGAGCAAGAAAGGCGGCCUUUCUAUGUUUUUGAGUGGUGCUCUUGAUGAUGCUCCUAAAGAGGUGGCUCCCCCACCACCGAUGCCCAAAAUUGAGGGUCCUGCAUGGGGUGGGGCCAAGUUUUUGAUGGGUUCUGCUACUCUUCGUGAAAUCCAGGACGAGCAGAGCAAAAUUAAGGAGAGUCACUCACCUAAGAGCAAAGAUCAAGCAGAAAAUGUUCCUGAUUGUGGAAGUGGAGGGAAGAUACGACUGAGUUCAUUUCUUCCUUCAAGUCCAAUACCUGUUGCAUCGACUCGCAGUUCCCCAGUUUCUGAUGGAGAAAAAAGUACCCCAACUUGGGCUGCAUCUGGAACCCCUCCUCAUCUCUCUCGUCCAUCUCUUAGGGAUAUCCAGAUGCAGCAGGGAAAGAAGCAACAAAAUCUUUCCCAUAUUCCGAAGACUAGGACAGCUGGAUUCAAUAUAGCUACUGGUCAAGGGUCACCUUCUGAUGCUUCCGGUGUUAAUCGCUGGUUCAAGCCAGAAGCGGAGGCACCAUCCUCAAUUCGAUCAAUUCAGAUUGAGGAGAAGGCUAUGAAGGAUCUCAAGCGCUUCUACAGCAGCGUUAAGAUUGUCAGAAGUCAGACCUGAGUCCAUCUAUUUAUUUGCUCUGGUGGCAACAAAUAUUAUUCCAUCUCUUUUAACUUUUCCUUCCUUUCGGUUUUAUUCCAAGGACUGUAAAUUGGUCUGUACAGAUAAUUGCGCUGUACAUUCAUUUCUUUCCAAAGCAGAAGUGUAGUCUCUAGCUUCUUAGCAUCCUGGUCUUUCCAUUUCUGGCCAUUCUUUUUCCACCCUAUCAACACUGUACAUGAAAGGAUGCUUACCUGUACUCAAUUGUAAGUGUUUCUGAAGACUAAGAGUCGUCGUCAAUAAUGAUCCUGCACUGACAUUAGUAGGAGCAUCAAAUAGUGUAGGUACUCUGAAAGCCCAAGAAUUUCAGAAUAAGAGGGCAUUCUCACUCCCCUCGAAAUAAAGACGCAGAGUAGGCGGGUAGCGCUUGUCUCCAAGCCCUCCCCCAUAGUAGUUUAUAUUACAGCCCCCUUCAGCACAUUUGAGAGGCAAUGCUUUUUUCAGUUCGUGACUUUGUUAUAAUUUUUUCAAAGAUCUGUACGUUUCUGCCUGCCGUUGAUUAGGCAGCAUUAAUAUUAGGGAGCAGAACAGAGAUGGAGGUUGUGACUUGUAAGCAAGAGAUAUUCUGUUACUUUUUGUACUGUGAGUGAGGGCGGGUCAAAAUUAGUUUAUUGUUAUGCAUUGUAUUUUUUUCUCAUGUACAAGCAUUUGGUCUGUUCUCCUUUAGGAGGUUUCUCUUUU